UCCCUCGGACUUUUAUUAAAAGAGAAGUUAAGAUAUUUUUGGAUCAGGUAUGUCCCAUGUACACCAAAGAUGGGUGCAAGGUCUUCAAAGCUAAAUUGUAGUGGCAGGCGACCCAAAGAAGAACCAUAUCAUCCUAAAACAGACGACAGAAUAAUUGAAAACGGAAAAGGGACCAAAGAUCAAAACAAACCACACAGAAAUUUCAAAAUAUCUAGUAAGGAGAAUGUCCCAAAAAAGGUGCAUCAAACUACGGAAAAAAGCUCUGAAGCAUCAAGUGGUAUUAAACCUAAACCUUAUGAUUUUGCAAAAUCAAUAAGAGUCAAUAACUUUGACAAGACUUCUCCCAAGUCUCUUAUAAACAGCCCAGAUGAGACUUCCCCCAAGUCUCAUAUAAACAGCCCAGAUGAGACUGCCCCCAAGUCAGUCAUAAGCAGCCCAGAUGAGACUGCCCCCAAGUCAGUCAUAAGCAGCCCAGAUGAGACUGCCCCCAAGUCAGUCAUAAGCAGCCCAGAUGAGACUGCCCCCAAGUCAGUCAUAAGCAGCCCAGAUGAGACUGCCCCCAAGUCAGUCAUAAGCAGCCCAGAUGCAGAUCAUAACAAAACAAAACUCAAAGAGAUGGGGCAUUCCUCCAUUCCUCCUUUGAACAAUGAUUCAUCUUUAGAUGUAGAUUGCAUACCGUCAUUAAAUAGUGAACAAAGACGUCUUUCACUGGAUGCAAACAUCGAAUGGACAGCAGAAUAUGGUGAAAAUGAUGAAAAUGCAAAGCAACCACAGAAUGGUAAAACAAAAUCUGUGAAAGAAGAAAUCAAGAGCAUCCCAAUCCAAAAUGAUGAGUCUGAUGGCACAACAGACUCAGAGAGUUCAGAUGACGAUGAUGACUAUGUAAAAGGAGGUUUAAGUUUUGGACAUGUUGGGAAUCUGGUAAUUGGAACAGGAAAAAUAAUUGACAGAAGCACCAAAAUAGUUCCAAGGAAGGAACCCAAAGCCAAGACCAAGAAAAAAUCUUCAACAAAUGACAAUAAAAAGAAAUCCAGGAAAGGUGGAGUGAAUGCAAAACGUGUCGAUAAUUUAGGAAUUGGAACUGUUAUGAUACUGGAUGAGAGAACAAUACAACCAGAAAAAGUCCCAGAAAAACCUGUAAAUGUACCAGUAUCUUCGAAACCUGUUGAAGAGAAAAAACAGCCAAUACCUGUUGAGGACUUAGAAAAGCUUAUGGGUUUAAAAUCUGCUGUUGGAAUGAUCUAUGGGUAUCAGCAGACUGGCACUGCAUUCAGAGUGGGAGUAGACAAAAUAAUAACAGCAUGGCAUGUUGUUAGAGCAAUAACAGCUGUAGGAGAACUAGGAGAUCAUGCAGUUUUUGUGGAUUUUAAUUAUGAAAAAGAUUUUCAACCAGAUCACCUCUUAAGGUUUCCAUUAAAACCUGAUGUUCUUUACCACAAUGAAAAGUUGGAUAUUGCUGUCCUGCAGAUAAAGGAAAAUCUGUAUGGAACAACUUUCCCAAAACCACUGGAAAAUUUUGUUAAUUUUACUCGUCAAAUUCAUGAAAAAUAUUCGAUAUAUCUCAUCGGACAUACAGGAGCAGGGAAAAAAUCCCUAGACCAUGUAUUGAAGUAUUGGGAUCCUUUGAGUCAUCGCAUCAAAGAGCUUUAUGAAUGGUGUGAGGAAGAAUUUGUUCUUAAGCAUGGAUUUGGAUACACAGGUAUUGGGGAUGAAACCCGGUUACAUUUUCAAUGCAUGUUUCGACACGGCGCAUCAGGAUGCCCUGGUUUUAUAGUUCCACCAGGAGGAGAGGCGAGAGUAGUGACAGUUCUUCUUAGAGGGUUUCCAGAUUUCUACUAUUUCGAUAACUUUACUGAUGAAGAAAGAGAAAGAGUUCCAACUGAAAAGCUAAUACAGCAAGGAUCUAAUAUAGAUGCAAUUAAGAAAGAUAUGCAAAUUAAAAAUACGGAUUUAUAUCGGGAGAUAUUUCAUUAUAGAGAAUUCAUUUCUCAUUCUGAGAAAAAGAAGUGCAUUGAUACUCCUUCAGAGGAAAAAGUAUUUAACUUCCCUCAAAACAAUGAGCCCAUAAAUACAGAACCACUUGAUUCCAAAGAUGCUGUUACUCUCUCUCCCAAUGCAUGCUCAGAACAGAACUCCCGAAACAGUGAAAACAUGGCUAUUCUUGCAUCAGGUGGAAACAAAACCCAUCCAAUCACAAACAACUUUGAUCCAACCCAAGACAUCAAUAGUGGGGAUGAAGAGAAGUCUACAACAAAUGCUGCACAGCCUCAAACACCACCUGCCAUUGGACACCAAACUGAAGAUGAAAAAUCUCAAGAUCAGGAAAAAUGUUCCAACAAUAAAGAGUCAAAAGCUGGCACAACUUGUAAUAAUGCUGAAACUACCCAUGCCAUUUUGUCCUCUGAGACUGCUCCAAAUUCGACUGUUAAAAAUCAAGACAAAAAUGAAAUGUCUGAAAGAGAAAAAAAGGUCUGGUAAUUCAAAUAAACGAUUCAUAUCACAAAACUUGGCAAUUCAUGUGGCUGCAACCGAGUGAUAAGUGGAACAUGUACUCCGACUGUUGACUUCUGUGGAAAACAAGGUUGGGGCUAGCAAAUGAAAUCCGGCAUCAUUUUGAGCAAUCUUCUUGGCUGUGAUCAAAAUUAAAGUGUACCUGGUAUGUUAUUGUGUUUUGCGAUCUUCAGAUUUCUUCUAUUUUUAGUCUAUAGUAAUAUUCUUAUGCUUCUGGUUUUAAUUGCAUAUCUAUGCAGGAUUUAAGAUGAAAAAAACUCAGAUUUACUUGAUGUAUUUAUACUGUAAAUACAAUUUAAUUCUCUUUUAUUAGAACCUGAUAUAUCCCUUGAGAUAAAUGUACAUGUUCAACAUGUGUAAUGGGGGUCCUAGAGUAUGAUGGUUCAAUAAUCUCAUUCCUUUUCCUAUAUGAUAUGGAGCAACCUAGCUAUGAUUGUUGUACAUGUUCGUGUACUAUAAUUAAUUUAUUUCAACAUAAGUUACACUCUUGCGAUUGUUAAAAAGAAUUGGCAAAAAUUAAAUGUCAUAAGUUUAGUUCAUUAUUUCAUUUGAUCGGUUAAAUUCUAUCACUUCUGUCUUGAAUAACUAAGAUGUGUUUUGUUUUCAUACUAUUUUUGUGAUAUUUUAUUGUUGACUUUAAUUAGUGGCAUUUGUAUGUUAAAAAAUGUGAUACAAAGAAUAAACCAUUAUAUAUUU